AUGUCUGCUCCUUCUCAAAGACAAACUCAAGCACCUCAGGAAUACAAACCGAUGGAUCAUCCUUAUGAAGACAGCGACAAGGCUGGAAUGCCCAUCAGAGGUAUCCAAGAUCAUGCAUUGAUUGGGAAUUUGAGAACGGCUGCUUGCGUCAGUCUCGAUGGAUCUAUCGAGUCUAUGUGUCUGCCUUACUUUGACUCACCCAGUGUCUUUGCAAGAUUGGUAGAUGCGAAUAAAGGUGGUCAUUUCUCCAUUACCCCAACAUGGCCAUUCAAACCCAAACAAGCAUAUGCACCCAAUUCCAAUGUAUUGGUCACAAAGUUCUUAUCGGAGGAUGGUGUCGGUGUGAUGACAGAUUUACUCGUACCUAAAGGAGCCAAUAAAAGUGGAUCACAAGAAAGAGCUUUCUUACCUUGGUUAAUUAGGAAAGUUGAAAGUAUCAGAGGAAAGGUUCCGUUCAGAUUGGAGUGUGCUCCUGCUUUCAAUUACUGUAGAGAUAAACAUACUACCGAACUGGUUGAUGACGACUCUGUAACAUCCGAAUGCGAUCAUGUACAAAAAGCUUUAUUCACUUCACCAUCUCUAACACUCGAUCUCAGAUAUCUCGCAAAUUCAACAGAUCAAUGUGUAUCUGAUCCCAAAAUCAAACUUCAAGUUGAAGAAUUGAAAAAUCGUGAUUUAUUAGGACCUGCCAUAACAUCAGAUUUCGAAUUGGAAGAAGGUCAAUGUAUCUAUUUCGUUUUGAGAGAAUGUGGUGAUUUCAGUUACUCAAAUUCUGAACAUAAAAGAAUAGCAAACCCAAAUCCUCAAAGAGCUCAAUCAGUUGGUUUACCUAUGGAUAUAAUGUUGGAAGCUGCAAGUAAAUUAAGACCUAAAGAAAACCCAAUGUUAUCUGCUCAAUUAUUGAAUGCUUUGAUCAGAGAUACCCAAACUUAUUGGCAAACUUGGAUCAAUAGAAGUAAAUAUAAAGGAAGAUGGAGAGAAGCUGUACAUCGAUCAGCUUUGGUCCUCAAAAUGCUGGUGUUCGAAGAAACAGGGGCAAUCGUUGCAGCUCCCACAUUCUCAUUACCCGAAUUCAUAGGAGGUAAACGGAACUGGGAUUAUCGAUUCACUUGGGUUAGAGACACUUCAUUCACCCUAUAUGCUCUGAUACGUUUAGGUUUCACAGAGGAAGCAAACGCGUAUGUAGAUUUCAUUUUGGCCAGGUUGAAGGAUAGGAAUUCGGAUGGAUCUUUGCAAAUCGUGUACACCAUCCAUGGCGGUAAGGAUUUAGAAGAGAUUGAACUUGAUCAUCUGGAAGGACAUAAAGGAUCAAAGCCCGUUAGGAUAGGAAAUGGUGCUGCGGAUCACUUACAAUUGGACAUUUACGGUGAAUUAAUGGAUUGUAUCUACCUCGCACAAAAAUACAGUAAACCUUUGAGUUGGGAAUCUUGGGUAUCUAUUCGUCAAGUAGUAGACUUCGUCUGUACUCAGGUCGAUGUUCCUGAUCUGUCUAUAUGGGAAGUCAGAGGAAAAACCAAGAACUUCCUAUACUCUAAAGUCAUGUUGUGGGUCGCGCUCGACAGAGGACUACGUCUGGCCGAGAAGAGAUGCUUGCCUUGUCCAAAUCGAGCACAGUGGCUUGCAGCGAGGGAUAAAUUGUACGAAGAAGUUCAAACAAAAGGUUGGAAUGAGGAAAAAGGUUUCUUCUGUCAGAGUUUUGAAGAUAAAGACGCCUUGGACUCUGCUGUUUUGAUCAUGCCUCUCGUGUUCUUCAUGACUGCCGCUGAUCCGAGAUUCACCAGAACUCUGGAGAACAUCUUGAAAACACCCGAAAAAGGAGGCUUAACAGCAAAUUCAUCUGUCUACCGAUACAAUGCCGCUUUAUCCGAUGAUGGAGUGGGAGGUGAAGAAGGUGCAUUCUCAUUAUGUACAUUAUGGUGUGUAGAGGCUUUGACAAGAGCUGGUGUUUAUAAUCCACCAUAUCUGGAGAAAGCCGUGAACAUGUUUAUGGAUUUCUUGGGAUACGGUAACCACGUUGAAUUGUAUUCUGAAGAAAUCAGUCCUGGAGGUGAAGGGUUAGGUAACACACCACAAGCUUUCUCACAUGUCACAUUGAUUUCAGCAGCUUUCAACCUUGAUAGAGCGUUGAGUGGGGGUGGAAGUUCUCUUUGA